GAAGUUUAUAAGCUUAUGACGAAUGUUGGGUUCUAGGUUUAAAAUUGUUAUUUAUACUUUUUAAGUCUUAAGCUUCUCUUUCUUUUGCUUAGAAAUUUGAUUAUGGAGAAUUUUGUUAUUUUUACGAUUUUGUUUCUCUGUUUUAAAUUCUGUUGUACCAUUUUCCGUUUAUUUAAUAUGAAACAUCUAGAUAAGAACAAAAAAAUUAGGGGUGACCUCAUUUAGGAUCGGUCCAAAAGUCUAUUGUGAUUUAUAAAAAAGGAAUGAGAAUAUUUUAUGUAUAAAUUGGUAAAUUUCCUUAUUUUCUUUUUAUUUAUUACAUAAUACAAUGAAUUAUUUGGAAAUGAUGACUGAGAGCAUCAACAGUGGAUUGAUUCUUAAAAUGAGUCUCUAAUUUUUAUUAUAUUAAUAUUUUUUUUUCUUUGGUUUUGUAUUUAUUUUUAAUGUAAUAUAUUAAUGAAAGAAAGAUACUUAGUACAAGAGUCUCUUUAGAAUUGUUCAAAGUCUUUCUCUAAGUGAUCACUUUCAUCUUUUCUAUAUUCUCUUUCUUUUUUUGCAUUAUUAAAAUAGUUUUUUACCAAAAGACGAGGAGAAGAAACUCCCACUGCUGAUGCUUUGAGUUUCUUCUCUACAAUGUGAUAUAUGAAGUAUUUUAUAAUAUUCAACAAGAGUUAACACGAGUAUCAUCGCAACAGGGUGGUAACGUGUGAUUGGUUAAAUAGAUAUGGCUACUCUAAAUAGGUUUAUAUUGGCAGAGUGAUUAAAUUUCAAAAGUAUAUAUUGUAUUUAGUUCGAGUUUUCAAUUUUUUUGUUCUGUUAUAACAUCAGUACUCUACUCGUUUUCAUUUUUCUGCAAAAAGCAGAGCCCACCAAAAAGCUAAAAAACCCUAGUAUUCAUCUGACUCAUCUCUCUUCAUAAACCCCAAAACCAGAGAAACUAAACCAGCUUGAAUCUCCAAAAAAAAUCAAACAAUUGUUUCUCUGGUUCUUAUUGUUUUCCUUCUCUCUCUCUCUCUUUUUGUUUUAAAUAAUAAAAACUCAAUACGGGGUAUUUUUAAUUCACUCUUUAAUUUGAGUGCUUCUUGAAAUGGGUGAGACAACAAAAGGAGAUGCUACAAAACCAUCACCGAAUCAAAUCUCCCCACCUAAAGAUUCUUCACUUGAUCACCAAACACCAAACCCAUCAGUCUUCCACCACCAACACCAAUCUUUCCUGUCUUCUCCCAUCUUCAUCCCAACCGUCUCUUCUCCAGGAGCUCCUGUCAUCCCCAAACGACCACGUUUCAGCUCUUCCGGCGGUCUCUCCCCACCUCAAUGGAGAGCCUUGCCGUCACCUUCCACCGUACCAACCGCCUCCACAAUCUCUUCAUUACCGUUCCCUUCCACCGCCGUCAUAGCAGCCUCUUCUACCGAAACCGCCGGAUCUUCACCGCUGGUUCAAGAAGCUACCAACACCGAGAAACAACAACCCGAAACGGAGUCCUUUCAACAUAAAUUUAGAAAAGGGAAAUACGUGAGCCCUGUGUGGAAACCAAACGAGAUGCUAUGUCUAGCAAGAGCAUGGAGAGUCCAGUACCAAAACCAGAGAACCGGGUCUGGAUCCGGAUCCGGGUCGGGCGAGGGAAGAGGGAAAACAAGGGCUGAGAAAGACAGGGAAGUAGCCGAGUACCUAAACCGGAAAGGUGUAAACCGGGAUUCAAAAGUCGCUGGCACAAAAUGGGACAACAUGCUUGGUGAGUUCAGGAAAGUGGACGAGUGGGAGAAAGGAGCAGAUAGAGAGAGGUUCGGUAAGAGUUACUUCAGGCUCUCUCCUUACGAGAGGAAACAACAUCAACUUCCCGCGUCUUUCGACGAAGAAGUGUACAAUGAAUUGGCUCUUUUCAUUGGUCCACGUGUCAGAGCUCCGACUAUUAGCCGCAGUGUUAGUGGCGGAGCUACGGCGGAUGUUACCUUAACGCCUCCGUCUGCUGAGACGCUUCCUCCUCCUCUUCAUCCACCGGUUAUGACUUCAAGAGAUGAUAUUAAUAAUAACCCUAUCACUUCCAUCGGAAGAGGGAAGAGAUUAGCAUUAUCAAUAGUUGGAGAUGAUCAUCCUCAGUAUCCGUAUUCAAGCAACAUUGCUAGAGGGUCAGGUUUAUUCUCUAAUAGAUCAUUGUACUAUAAUCCUUCUUGUGAGAGGAUUCCUUCUUCUUCUUCUUCAUCUUCCUCUCUAAAAGAUCUUCGCCGUGUUGGGAAAAUACGGCUAACUUGGGAGGAAUCGGUUAACUUGUGGGCUGAAGAAGGAGAGGUUGAUUAUGGGAGAAUUAGGGUUUGUGGGUCGAGUUUCUUGAAUGCAGAUGAGCUCACCUACUUGGAUGAUUCCAUGGUGGCUUCUACAAUGGAAUCUUUCGAAGAUGGACCUCUCAAAGGAUUUUCUUUGGAUAAAUUCAUUUCUGGUCAACAUCUUAAAGUCUUUGGAAGACAAAAGUCAACUUCAUCAUCUGCUCCUCCACUUUCAGUGAAUAUGGCAUUUGAUCGGACUCAGCUUCCACUCUCCGAGCACAUUCACAAAUCAAUAUCAACAUUGGAGUUCCAAGACCCAUCAGAGCACUGCUUGAGAAAAUUGCGGGUGCCGGCGGGGAAUCUUCCGAGCAUAACUGAGCUCGCACGGUAUCUUCAAGAACCACCGCCGGAAAAUUUCCGGUUUCCUCUCCGACUAGACGUUUACAAUGACUUGCCACUGGGAAAAGAGCUCUUCUUCUCCACCUCCUCCACGGAGCUACUUGAUUGUAGAGCAAUCACAUAUGAUAUCCUCGGUCCCAUAAUGUCCCCCUUAAAUAAGGGUUUCGUCAUCUUUAGCAAAGACUCGCUGAUACCGCUUUGGGAAGACUGCGUUAACCGAAUGGUUUCAAAGUUUUGUGAAAUGGUGGUUUUGCGUAAACCGGAUUCGUCUUCUUGUGUUGAAAACGUCCAAGAUCAGUGGCCUAACUUGAUGGGAUUUGUAAAAGGGUUUGGUUUAUGGAGGGGAGAAGAGGUUGAUAAGGUACGAGAAGGUGCACCUGAUCCUUCUUCUCUAUUGGUCGAAAAGAUUCUUUGGUCGUACAACGAUCUUCCAUACAUUCUUGGUUAUUACGCAAUAGGGCUCACCGUAACGUUCUGCUCUUUGAGCCGCUCUUCGUAUGAUCGAGUGACCUGCACUGAUCUUUAUUCAUUUGAUGUCUCGUCACCAUCGGACCGAAUCAAGGCAUUGGUUCCUUGUUACCGUCUCGCUUCUCUUUUACCUCUGCUUGCAGAUCAGUGCACUGCGGGUCGUUUAUGUUACAACGACUUCGAGAGAAUCAUUCAUGGAGAUUUUUUGACCGAGAUGACCCCUCACACGGUGACUAAGUAUUACUCAAGCAAGACAAAAUGGAACGUAGCGAAAGGAAUCUACGACUUUCUCGACCAACGAGUUCCACACGCGGAGUAUUUGGACAAGGCAAGCGAGAAGGAUCUCUCGUUGAGCUUUAAGCCACGUGGAAUCAGAGUCAAACCUCUAAAUGUUGAUCAGCUCAUCGAAUCUCUGAUGUGUGUUACGAGAGCGCUUGUUGCGCUUCACGACAUUUCGUUCAUGCAUCGUAACAUGGGAUGGGAAAAUGUAAUGAAAAGCGAGACGACGUCAACAUCGAACGCCGAAUGGUUUGUUUGCGGGUUCGAAGAAGCGGCUGAGUCCCCACAGCUCAACCCGCACCGCCCUGCGGCCCAGGAAGAGGAGGAGGAGCGUGGGAGACACGCGCCGGAGAUGGAGAGAGGAUUGCAUGCGGUGAAAGUGGAUGUGUGGGGAGUAGGUUAUAUGAUAAAGACUUGUGGAGUGAGUAAUGUUCCAAAGAUGUUAAGAGAACUUCAAGGUAAGUGUUUGGAACCGAACCAAGAGAACCGACCGACCGCAGCCGAUUGCUUCCACCACCUCCUCCAGGUUCAGCCUGCCGUUCCAUCGUCGUAUUAGUCUUUUUAAACUAGUCUCUAGUCGUUUUAAAACCUUUUCUGUUUGUUUCAUGCACGAAGAAGGUUUGAACGUUCUCCGUAUUAAUAAUUUUCACAGCUUUGAACGUGUAGUACUUGAUCGGUUUCGCAAGCAACGUUUCGUUUCAAAUAC